UCCAGCAAUAGUUCCAUAACAUGCUAAAUGUUUUCUGUUUAAAAUUCUCUAAAUUCAACGAGUAAAUUGUUUUCCCUCCUCAGGUGUUAGUCAACGAAUUCAAAUCGUUCGAGCAUCCGGAAUGUGUAAUCAAACGCGUAAAGGAUGUACAGAAUCGGAUUUGGACGUACUAAUUUAACAAACGCGAAAACGUUACAGAAAGAAGAUUUAGGGAAGUAUGCAACUUUUACACCGGCUGGUAACCCGAUAACAUUCAAGGAAAUACCCGACAGUGCGUUGUCCAGCUCCAGUCACAGUAGAGGCUUGCUGUAUCAUGAACCAGGCUAUGAUUACGAAGAUGGCUCCCAUUACCCUCACGGGCAUGAUUAUCACCUAUAUGAUCCCCAUGCUGACGGUCACGGUGCUCAUGGCUUUGAUCACUAUGAUCCACAUGGGGGUCACCAUGGACACGACGGUCAUCAUGGACACGACGAUCACCAUGGACACGGCGGUCACCAUGGCCACGACGAUCACCAUGGACACGGCGGUCACCAUGGUUAUGAUGAUCAUCAUCAUGGUCAUGAUGAUCAUCACCACGGUCAUGAUGAUCAUCAUCAUGGACAUCACCAUGGACACCAUCAUUAUGACAAACAUUUUAAACACGCACUUGCAGCAAAAACUGUCCUAUGGCCAAUUGCUGGAAUAGCUUUACUUGGUGCCGCUGCAGCACUUGUCAGCAACCCAGUGCUCCUCCAACUUGGAGUAGUAUCAGGUAAACGCAGAAGACGUGACACAGAAGAAAUCACGGGUCCUGACUUUCCUUCAGAUACGUUCAUAAAGUAUGCAGAAAAAAUCAAGAAACAGAGCAACGAAGACAAAAUUCAAGUUAAGGAAAAAUUAAGGAGAAAAAGUAAGAAACAAGAUUUUGUUGAACCAAAUGAUGCUUAUAAAGAAAAUUUCAACAGAAGAGUAUUAAAAACUGACAUCCUUAAGAGUUUUCAAAGUACUGUAGGAACCAGGAAAAUUAAAUCUUCCGUUAAAAGAAAUAUUGAUCAAGUAGCGAUAUAUCCAGAAAAUCAUAAACGUGAUAAUGAUGAUGAAAAGUUUAUACCAAUACCAAUUAAAUUAAGAAUUCCUAAAGAUGUUGACUAAUUUAAAUGUGGUUAUAAAGAUCAUGUCACUGAGCUAACGGUUUUUUAAAUAAAC